GUAACUUAUCCCCCAUGCGCAGCUGUGAGGGAGCUAUGUUGACACGGUACGGAGCCCCGGAGCCCCGGAGCCCUUAUUUAAAGUAUUAACGUCGUCAUUCACCCUGGACGCUAGCCCUCUCAGACCGUACUCUCGCCAGCCGUCGCCUAUCCCGUGGAACCGCCGUAUUCCGUCCCGUGCGUGAGACGUCAUCUGCGUCACAGCGAGAGAACCCGCCGGUGAAAAGUGUUGCGCAUUUCUGAAUCCGACUUUAUGGAAUAGCACUUUGGCUCUGGACUUUUUUGCUGCCCGCAUUCCUGAUCGUUUUUCUCUAAACUGAUCGGGUUUCGACUGAAGAGGAAUAUGUGAUCUGCUUUAAACUUCUUGUAAAGACUACGUACGGCACCUGUGUGGCCAGUAUGGUGGAUUACAGUCUUGCAACCGUCUCAGAGUCGAUUUCCUCACCAAACCCGCCUUUUCGAUGGAAGAGCUUGCUCUGUUAGGCUUGCUGGAAUGCCCUCUAUGCUUCAAGCAGCUCGAUGCUUCGGCUAAGAUCCUACCCUGCCAGCACACCUUUUGUAAAGCCUGCCUCCAGAAGAGAGCAUCCUCCUCCUCACCGUUGUACUGUCCAGAGUGCCUCACCCCUACCCUGGCUCGGACCGUGGAUGAGCUCCCGGCCCACCUCCUGCUAGUACGGCUAGUCGGAGGCCCCCCGGACCCCAUGGGGCCCGACAGGAGCGGACAUUCUCCCCGCUAUAUGGUGCCCUUGUCCAGAGAGAACCCAGGGGUCCGGGAGAGUCAGCAGGAGACGGGCGAAAACCGAAGCAAAGAGCAGCAGAGGCAUAAAGAGGUUUCUACAAGAGCCUUGUACCAAAAGGACUCUUUGGGAGAGCUGGUGCUGCCCAACCCCGCCUACACUGGCUCCAUGAGACCCAAGGCGGACGAGAACCGGAACUACGGAGAGGGGCUUCCGGCCGGUGGGAGGUCAUCCCCCGCUGGCGCCUGGCUCCAGGGUGCGGCCCACCAGAAGCAGGGCGCGGCCGGGAAGCCCGAAGUGCCGGCCCUCUGUCGGGCCCUGCAGGACUUCAACCCCAGAGAGAUGGACCUGGAAGACUGGAAGUACUGUCUGGGCUUUGCCAAGGCGGACAUUCUUACCGUUAUCAGAAGAGUGGAUGACCAUUGGAUCGAGGCUAGGCUAGGAGACAAGGUUGGAAUUCUGCCUCUUCAGUUUGUAGAGCCGAACUCGGUGGCCGCCAAACUGCUGGAAGGAAGGAGCCGGAAAGGGAGUGACACAGCGGAGCUCCUCUAUCGAACCUGGAACGCAGGCAACAACAACAGCAAGGGACCCGCCGACCCCCCGUCACCCAACCGGACCGCCCAGUUCGGGGCCCUCCAGGCGCCGGCACCGAAGACCCUGAACGUCAUCGGUCUGCCCCUGGCUAGCAGAGGGAAACCGCCCAGCAUCAGCGGCACCCUUUACCAGAGCACCCGGCGGCAGUCCACCAGCACCCGCAACCUCGUAGGCUAUCAGGGUGACGUUGUGCCGCACCAAUCCGCCGCCGCCGCUGCCGCCGGCCCCAACACCCAGGGGCCCGCGGUGCCGUCUUCAAAGGGAACCGCCCUGCACGUGAAGCGGCGCUCUGACACGUCCCACAGGCACCUGGCCCAGGGCGAGAAGAAGAUGAACAGCACGACCCCACCCACCCUCACCAUGGCGCUGGUCAGCCCCCAGGUGGCCAGCUCUUCUGCGGAGGUCAAGAACGCCUCCACCCAGCAGCUCUCCAUCAGCGUGUGUGCAGUGCUGUACUCCUACAAGCCCAGACGGCCCGAGGAGCUGGAGCUCAGGAAGGGGGAGAUGGUGGGGGUGUACGGACGCUUCGACGAGGGCUGGCUGCGCGGCUUGUCCCUGAGAACCAGCAAAGUUGGCAUCCUGCCCGCCAACUAUGUCACUCCGGUGCUCAGGACAUCCGCGAGGCUGACAGAGACCAAAGCAGCGCCAGCAGCAGCAGCAUCCUAUAACACAUUCACGGCGGGAAAGAGACCCGCAGCUCCCAAGAACCCUGCUGUGGUCCUCGCCUUGGACCGGGUCAACGCAGAUGGAACAGGGUAUUCUAUGGGACAGGGCCCAUCUGUCCUCAACGGGGGGCCGCACACGAUGCAAUCCAAUGCGGCUGCUGCCGCUGGAAGGCUGUCUGGGGUCUCCCAAGGUUGGGACACUGUGAGGCGGGCUUUUAAUUCACACGGAGGAACGCCUCAUCGGGGCAACCAUUACACAACCCAUGCUUCGAGUUCAAAUGUCCAAUCCCACUUACAGAACUUAAAACAGGUCCAAGUGUCUAGCCACUCCCCUGUCCUGCAAAGGAAAAAACACAGUAGCUUCCUGUCUGCUCCUGGCAGAGCUCAGGGCUGGAUGUCUGAAGCAACAGCGCCAUCUGCUGCCGACAUCCUGAACAGCAGAAACUUUGCCGUUUCUUACGACGCUGCCUUCAAGCAAGACAGACAACUUCCAAAUGGCCCUCACUCCAUCCUAGUUCGACCCGACUCGCAGAAAAACCACACGGAAAAGGCAACGAAAUCAGUACGGUUUCUCACAGAGGAAGAAUCCCCUCUUAUAAGGCGGAGAACCUCCUCUUGGUCCUCUGGAAAUCAGAUUGCUUCUUCAGGUUCGACGGGGCCUCCUUCGCUGGAGGUGUGGGCCCCAUCACUCACCCUGGGAAGAGAUGGACCAGGCAUCAUUCUCAAAGAAGGGAAGGCCCCCGUCCUUAGGAAAGGACUGGAGGCGAGCCAGAUCUCUGACCUGAACUCCAACCCCCAGAAACAGCCCAUGCAAUCAGCCGCAUCCGCUCAGUUCAGUCCCACCAGGCACAGAGUGAGCACCACCUAUUUAGCCCAGGAAGACUCUGAGCUCAGUCUGUUACAAGGAGAGCGUGUGCUGGUCCACAGGCCCAGACCGGACGGACGGCUCCUGGUGACACAGGAGAGCACCGGACACACUGGCUUAUUCCACAGCAGUAUUCUCCUGACACUAGAGAGACUCAGCUGAUUGGAUUGCAGUAUUCCCACAUUAUUCCCUUUCUCUGAUCGUCACACUGCCUGAAUGACCGAGCAGCUGUUACACAGCGAACCUGGAAAUGGGUGUAAUAAUUCCAGAUGACAAUCUUGUGUUGCUCCCUUAAAUAGAUGAGGUCCGUUGAGUAUGGCUACAUUAAAAAAAUAUAUAUAUAUUU